AAGUUAACUCGAGUUCAGUCCCUUUAAGUUUAGACUUUAGAAAGAGAGGAAGGGAAAUGUCAAAAGAACAAAAUCGGAGGUGAUCCAUCGAUUCAACAAAAACACCUGCUGGUAGAUCUUUAGUAAGAGCAAGUGUAAUUUGAAGGUUUCUGAAAAUCUGAGAAGAAGCAGAGAUCAACAGAUACAAUGCUUCCCACAACCUCAAAAGGGCGCGCGUCUAAUGUGCGCCCAAAUCCAGUCUUCCCUCAAUACCUGAGAAGAAUUGUCAAGUGGCGACAAAUGGAUAUUGAAUAUACGUUUUGGCAAAUGCUGAAUCUAUGCACUUCUCCAAAAGUUGUAUAUCAGCACACUAAGUAUCACAAACAAACAAAGAACCAAUGGGCACGAGACGAUCCAGCAUUCAUUGUUAUUUGCAGCCUCCUUUUGAUUGUUGCAACUUCGGCUUACUGUGCUGCGUUCAGCCAUAGCGUGGGACAUGCUAUUAGCACAGUUCUUUCAGUAUUGAUUUUUCAUUUCUUAAUAACUGGAGCGGUUCUGGCAACAUGUUGCUGGUUUCUUACAAAUUCAUAUCUUCGCGAAGAGUCUCCUAACAGUCAUGUGGUUGAACAACGAGUGGAAUGGCUUUAUGCAUUUGAUGUUCAUUGCAACUCUUUCUUCCCAAUGUUCGUUCUGCUAUAUGUGAUUCACUACUUUUUAUCACCCCUCUUGAUUGCACACGGUUUCAUUCCAGAUCUGCUAUCAAACUUGCUUUUCAUGGUUGCGGUCUCUUACUACCACUAUCUCAACUUUCUAGGAUAUGAUGUAUUACCCUUCUUAGAAAGAACCACAUUCUUUUUGUACCCGAUCGGUAUUGUCAUCAUCCUUUCACCCCUCAUGAUUCUGAGUGGCUUCAACCCAACAAGAUACAUGAUGAGCAUGUAUUUCAGCUAGUAGAUGUAUUUUACCGAGGCCAACAGUUCGAGGGGAAAACAUAUGGAGAAAUAGAAUGAUUCUUAGUCCAACAUCAUGUAACAUGGAGAACGCUAUAUGAAUGGUCGAUUGAUGUUUGUAUUUAGAGUAAAAAUUUAAACUUUCUACAUCAAAUCUGUCAAUUUUGCCGAUCCUGUCUUCUUUUUCUUUACAAUAUAACUCUUUCGAUAAAAUAGCCAGUGUCAGAGGGAAAUAAUGAUUUUCCCUUGUAAUGACUAGUGAUUGCUCAACUUUUAAAUGUAAUUUGCAUAAUGCCCUUAGUAAAAUCAAACACUCUUUGGUAGCA